AUGGCCUCACGCGCCCGUACGUCCUCCUUCUCGACACAGCGCAUUGCUGCGUCGUACGCUGGGCGUGGCAAACGCGCCAAGGCUAUCGCAACCGCCGCCCCAAGCAAGAGGCAAAUGGCCAUCAUCAACUGGGAGAACGUCCUCGCGCCGAUGGACUGGUUGGCGGUCUACCUGGGCUUGGGAGCGACAAACGAAGCCAUCGAGAGGGCGGUUGCGCGGUACAGGAGCUCGCCGGAUCUGCUUCAGUCCCUGGCGGCGAUCGAAGAGCGCGUCAUGGAGCUUCUGACGGAGACCAUGAAGCUCAUUGACGGGCCAGUGUUCGUUGUGAGCGAGUACAGCACCGCCUACGUGGAGCUGGUGAGCAGUUUGUUCUUCCCGCGGCUGACGGCGGCACUGAGGAACGCUAAGAGCGGAAUUUACGUCGUCGGCACCCCCAACACGCAGCUGACAGCUCUGGAGAUGAAGCAGUGGAAGGUCAAUUUGCUGCACACGGCGAUCCACGAGCACCUAUUUGCUGGGAUCGAUGAAGUCGUCACAACGAAUCUGCUUGCGCGGUCGGCGUACGGUAGGAUCAAAGUCGUGGCUCUAUGCGCCAACGAAGCGGACGCCGCUGCAGCGUCCGGGAUCCAUUUGAUCGCGCCAAAUGCGGUCAUCAAGCAUGUGAGGGUUCAAGGUCCGAAGGCUGGAUAUACACAUUCGCCUCAACCGCCACUGUCACUAGACGACUUUUACGCUCAGCUACAGAGCUUGAUGCAGUUUGUCAGACAGAACGCGAACUAACCUGAUUACAUAAGAUCGAAGC